AUGGACCACGAUGAAGACGCCAAGCCAAACAUGAUGGCAUUAGACAUGAACUCUAAUAUGAGCGCUACCGGAAGCGUGAGGAGCGAGUCUCUCGGCGCGUUCGACCCCGUCACGCAGCAGAACGGGUCAAAACCGCCCAUCAAGCGCAGAGCCCCAAUUGCCUGUCGAAGGUUUGUCCCAUAUAUCCGCCACUGGGCGAGCCCAUGA